AGGAUGCAGGUGUAUAGAGCAAGGAAAAGUGCUGAAAAAUUAAUUGAUGGUGACGAUAAUGAACAAUAUAAUAGAAUUUGGGACUAUUGUGAGACAUUAAAGGCUACAAAUGUGGGUACCACUACAUUGAUGUUGGUGGAUAGGCCUACUCUUGAUGUGGCAGGUACAUUUCAAAGGUUAUACAUUUGUCUCCAAGCUACAAAGGAAGGGUUCAAGGCUGGAUGUAGACCCUUAAUUGGGCUAGAUGGAUGUUUCUUGAAGGGCAACCAAAAAGGACAAACCUUAAGUGCUGUGGGAAGAGAUGCCAAUGAUAACAUGUACCCCAUUGCUAUGGCUAUUGUAGAAACUGAGAGCAAGGACAGUUGGUCUUGGUUCCUUGGUUGCUUAUUGAAGGAUCUUGGCCUAGUUGAACAACAUGGAUGGGCAUUUAUUUCAGAUAGACAAAAGGGCUUGAUCCAAAGCUUUGACGUGGUAUGUCCUAUGGCAGAUCAUAGGUCAUGUGUGAGGCAUUUGUAUGCCAAUUAUAGAGAUAAAGGCCACAAAGGGAAAGCACUUAAGGACAAGUUGUGGGCUGCAGCUACAGCAUAUACAGAGCAUGAGUUUCUUGAACAAAUGGGUGAGCUUAAGAGAUUGUGCCCAAAAGCUUAUGAGUAUUUGGAUAAUGUAGAUCCAUCCAUGUGGUCUAGGUCAUAUUUCACAGACCAUUCAAAGAGUGACCUGCUUGUGAAUAAUCUAUCAGAGAGUUUCAACUCAUACAUUUUAGAUGCUAGGGACAAGCCUAUAGUAACCAUGAUUGAAAAGAUUAGGAGAAAGCUGAUGAGGAGGUUCCAAUUGAAGAGGGAAGGGAUGUCUAAAUUGACAGGGAAAAUAUGUCCCAAAAUUCAAGCGAAGUUGGACAAUGAAAGUUUGAAGUCUUCUGAUUGUGUGUCAAUAUAUGCUGGAAAUGGUUUAUUUGAGGUUGAGUGCAAACAUCAAAGGUUUGUUGUGAACUUGAGCAAGAGGACAUGUGGUUGUAGGAAGUGGGAUCUUACUGGCAUCCCAUGUCAACAUGCCAUAUCUGCCAUACUAUUUGAUGGAAGUGUACCUGAAGAUUAUGUGCAUCCUUAUUACACAAUUGAGACAUACAUGAAGGCAUAUGAACCAAUAAUUUACCCUGUGGCUAGCAUGGAACAGUGGAGAAGGACAUCAAUAGAUCCUUUGGAACCACCCAAGGAUAAGAUACAACGUGGUAGACCCAAGAUAAAGAGAAAGAGGCAUCCUUCAGAACCCAAAAACCCAUAUAAGCUAAGCAAGGCUGGUACAAUCAUCAAGUGCUCUGAGUGUAAGAAGGUGGGACAUAAUAGCAGAACAUGUCCAUCCAAAAAAGACAAGGGUACGAUGUCUACCAAUGCUAAGAAGACACCUACAACAAACAAGAAGCAAGCAGCUGGAGGUGCAAGGGCUACUGCUGCAAGUGCUGUAGAUUCAAGGGCUAAAGGUUUAAAGACUAUUGCUGUAAGUGCUGUAAAUUCAAGGGCUGGAGGUUCAAAGGCUGUUGUUGCAAGUUCCACCGGUGUAAGAACUUCAACGGCACCAUUAACAAUAUAUGGUGGUGGUGCUAAUAGUGAGCGUGUGGUGGUGCCAACUUUGGAAAAAGCCAUUCAAAGGACAGGCUAAGAAGAAGAAAAACCUUGGGUUUGAGCAAAUAUAAUUAGUUUGUGUUGGGUUGUGCAAACUUUUUGUAUUAGGCAUUAACAACAUGUAAUCCUUACAUUUGGGUUUUUUUUUUUUUUUUUUUUUUGUCAUUGUUAAUUUGUGAACAAUGAUUUUUACUAGGCAUUAACAAUUUUAUGUUCUACGUAAUCCAUACAUUUGGAUUAUUUUUUGUGUCAUUGUCAUAUGUGAACAAUGAGUAAAGUUGUUUCCUCAAAAAAAAAAAGAAUAAAGCUAUUAAAAAAGCACUUUAUUUUGUGUCAUCAUCAUGUGGAACUCAAAGCACUUUAUCAUGGUGGUUUAGUACCAGGUACCCUGUGAGUUCAAAAAUAUUUUGCUUUCCAGCAAUGAUUUGCAUGUUAUUUGUACACUUAUUAAGGCCAUGGUAUUGUAUCAUACAAUUUAGCAAUUUGUGACAAGUGGUAAAUUCUCAGAUAUUUGCAGAUAUUUGAUUUGCAAUUUGUGGAAUUCAAA